GCCUUGGUCAACGUUUCUGCGAAUCUUCUGGGUAUCAGCACCCUGGCAUUGCCCUGGGCCAUGGCUGAAAGUGGCUUCGUCCCGUUCGUGCUGGUUCUCUGCGUCGUGAUGUUGGCCUGCCGCAGCACCUGGAAGAUGCUCCUGGACCUGUCUGCCUUCGACGGCAGCGUGAUUUGCCGGGCGUCGUACCCCGAAUUGGGCCGGCGCGUCUACGGCCCUGAGGGCCACGUGGCAGUGCUGCUGGCGAUCCUUCUGUACUCGACAGGACUGAUGGCCUGCCAGAUAUCCGCUCUGGCUGACAUCCUGGAUCUUCUCAUGGAAGACUGGAGAGUAUUGCCUUUAUCGCGGCCCCGACUGGCACCGGUGAUCGUCGGCGCCGCGGCAUGUUUCCCCGGGGUACUCCUCGCCGCUCCGAGGAGUAUGGCCCUGGCAGUGGGCGCCCUGCUAGUUGCAAGCCUGCUCCUGACCUGCUUGCUGCUGAUGGCUGCCAGUGAAACAUUCCCGGGUGCCGCCGAGGAGCCCGGCGCCUCGGAAGACCUGGACCUCGGCUGGGGGUCGGCAGGAGGGAUCCUCGACUGCGCGGCGGUGCUCGUCGCGCAGCUUGCAGCGCAUGCGAGCUUCGAGGAGACGGCAUCCGUGGAUACUGCAGACGCAGAGGAGGACUUCCAGCGCGGGCCUGCGGCAGACACCGUGACUGCCUUUACGGUCGCUGCACCCAUCUCCUUGGCGAUGGCUUCUGCUGGAUAUCUGCGCUUCGGCCGGUUGGUUCAGGGGGACGUCCUGCAGAGCUGGCACGGCGCGACGGGCCCCGGCGCGAUCGUCCUGCGGGCAGCACGCAGUGCCUAUGCCGUCGUGCUCGUUGGUGGUGUGGCAUUAGCAUCGAAGCCCUGUCUCGCCACGUUCAACGAGCUUGCAGGCAAUAGGAGAAGUAUGCAAGGGCAGCGAGCUACGCCACAGCAUCGCGGCGCUGCAGUGCUGUCUUUCUGCGCGCUGUGCGCGUGGCUUGAGGAGGACCUUGGGCAUCUUCUGCGCCUGCUGGGUGCCUUGGGGGCGUCGCCGUUGGUGCUGCUGCUCCCUCCGCUCUUCCACAUCGAAAUGGCACGAAGACAGUUCGGCCGCGAUAUCUUCAGCCUGGAGAAUCUGAGCGCCAUGUUCAUCAUGGUUCUCGGUGUGGUGAUUACCGGGGGCAGCCUACUGAAGAUCAUCACUUCCUCAAUGAGCCCGCCGGCUGGACACCGUGGCGAGAGAGCCGUCGUGUCCUCCUUGGCGAACAUCACAACUCAUCGCUGGCAGCGCUGA